GCUGAUGUUUGUAGCAAGAUAAAAGCCUGCCGUGAUCAAAGAGAUUCCAGGCAGAGGGAAAGUCCACCACCAAGUGUGGUACCGUUUCCCAAAGAAGUCAAAUGGACAAGAAGCCUCCCACCAGGAGAGGUUCAAGUUUCUGUUCAUUGCGCUAUGGCCUGGCUCUCAUCAUGCACUUCUCGAACUUCACCAUGAUUACCCAGCGUGUCAGUCUGAGCAUUGCAAUGAUUGCCAUGGUGAAUGGCACUCAACAGCAUAAUGGAGUGAAUGCCUCUACCCAAGGGCUUUUUGUGGACAAUAAUCCCAUCAAGAAAUUUAAUUCUGGGGUCUCUGUAUAUGAAUGGAGCCCAGAAACUCAGGGCUUCAUCUUCAGCUCCAUCAACUAUGGAAUAAUAUUGACUCUGAUCCCAAGUGGCUACUUAGCAGGAAUAUUUGGAGCAAAACAGAUGCUUGGUACUGGCUUGUUGGUCUCUUCCCUUCUCACCCUCUUUACACCACUGGCUGCUGACUUUGGGGUGAUUUUGGUUAUUGUGAUCCGUACAGUUCAGGGCAUGGCACAGGGAAUGGCCUGGACAGGUCAGUUUACAAUUUGGGCAAAGUGGGCUCCUCCACUUGAACGAAGCAAGCUCACCAGCAUUGCAGGGUCAGGGUCGGCCUUUGGGUCCUUCAUCAUCCUCUGUGUCGGGGGACUAAUCUCACAGGCCUUGGGCUGGCCUUUUAUCUUUUAUAUAUUUGGUAGCAUCGGUUGUGUCUGCUGUCUGCUGUGGUUUACAGUGAUUUAUGAUGACCCUGUGCAUCACCCCUGCAUCAGUGUCAGGGAAAGGGAGCACAUAGUAUCCUCAUUGGCUCAGCAGUCCAGUUCUCCUAGACGUUCUGUUCCCAUCAAGGCGAUGGUCAGAUGCCAACCACUUUGGGCCAUUUUCAUUGGGUUUUUCAGCCAUUUCUGGUUAUGUACCAUAAUCCUCACCUAUCUACCAACCUACAUCAGCUCUGUGCUCCAUGUGAACAUUAGAGAUAGUGGUGUUCUGUCCUCCCUGCCAUUCAUUGCUGCCUCAAGUUGUACAAUUCUAGGAGGCCAGUUGGCAGAUUUCCUUCUGUCUAGAAAUCUCAGAUUAAUCACUGUCCGGAAACUCUUUUCAUCCCUAGGACUCCUCCUUCCAUCACUCUGUGCUGUGGCCUUACCCUUUGUGACUUCUAGUUACCUGGCAACCGUUAUUUUGUUAAUACUUAUUCCUGGGACUAGCAAUCUAUGUGACUCAGGAUUCAUCAUCAAUACCUUAGAUGUGGCCCCCAGAUAUGCAAGUUUCCUUAUGGGAAUCUCAAGGGGAUUUGGGCUUAUUGCUGGAAUAAUCUCUUCCACUGCCACUGGAUUCCUUAUCAGCCAGGAUUUUGUGUCUGGAUGGAGGAAUGUCUUUUUCCUGUCUGCUGCUGUGAAUGUGCUCGGCCUGGUCUUUUACUUCAUAUUUGGACAAGCAGAAAUCCAGAGCUGGGCCAAAGAGCGGCCCCUUACCCGUCUCUGAAUAUACAGAAUUGCAAAUAUAAGUGUAGGAUAGACCAUUAAUUUUCUAACUUUUUUUUUUUUUUACUUAUUGUCAUUAUUCCUUUAUAUUUUUCAUCAUAGACUCAGCAUUU